GCAGGCUCCUGGACGGCGGUGUGUGACCAGCGUCUGGUUCUCGGUCACUACUUCUCGGCUCUGGAGGACCUCUGGCUCGGUCUGCACUUCUACCACAGCUGUGCAGACCGAGAGCAGGGAGGCCGCUCGAGACCGGCCACCGAGGCCCGGGCGGGCAUGGCGGACGUCUACCUGCAGCAAGGUGAGCUGCAGCAGGCGAAGCAGCAGGCGGAGCUGUGCCUCCAUCAGGCGGAGGAGGGCGGCUGGCUGGACUCUGACGGUCGGCCCCUGAGGCUCCGGGCCCUCAGAGCUCUGUGGAGGAUCUACAGCCGGCUGGCCGACGCCCCGCUGGACGCCGAGGACCACGACGAGGCCCUGAAGCUGCUCCACGAGGGCCACAGCAUAGCUGUCGAGUCUGAAGACAAACACAGCGAAUCAGAAGCCUGCUAUCGACUCGGACUGACCUAUCAGAGAGCAGGAGACUGUGACACAGCCAAGCAG